AUGCAGCAGCUCAUGCACGAUGGACGUCUGUUGGACGAUUCUUUCGAGCUUGAUGCAUCGAUGGAUGUGCAGCUGAUCCUCUUGCCCAUCAGCAGCUCCCAGCAUCAAAGGGAGGCGGAAAACGAGCUCGCCUUCGCUGCCUUAUCUGGGAAUGUUGAUGUGGUCCGAUUUCUGCUGCAAGCGGGAUGUCAACACAAGGCGAGCCUAGCACUUCUCCGAGCAUCAGAAGAGGGCCACGCAGAGAUCGCAGAAUUGUUGCUGGAAGCGAUCACCGGAAAGCAGGUGAAGGGCAGCUUCUGUAGGGGAGCUCUCCUAGCAGCGUCUGAGAGGGGCCACGCAGAGAUUGUGCGCUUGCUGCUGCGGUUUGGCGCUGACAGUUCUGUUAAAGACCACUUUAGCAGAACCCCUCUUUUCCGUGCAGCUGAGAAGGGCCACGUCGACGUCGUCCGCCUGCUGCUUGAAGCCAAGGCGAACGCGGAUGAGAGUGACGUAGUUUCCAGAACGGCUCUUGUUCAGGCAUCCGCACAGGGCCACGUAGAAGUCGUGCAGUUGCUACUGGAAGUGGGUGCUCGUAAAGCUCGAGAACUAUCCCUCCUGUGUGCGUCUGAGAACGGCCAUGUGGACGUGGUUCGCCUGCUCUUACGAGCUGGUGUCGAUUACGAGCUGAAGGCCAAAAACUCCAAAACAGCCAUACUGCAUGCGGCUGAGAAUGGCCACAAGCAGACUGUGGCUUUGCUACUGGAAGCUGGUGCCACCAGCUCGGGCAGCAUUGACUGUGCAGCAAGACACGGGCACUUUGAGAUUGUGCUUUUGCUGCUGGAAGCUGGUGCCGUCACAGAUCGGGAAGAUACUUUCCUUCGUGCCGCUGAGAGUGGCCACGUUGAAACCGUUCGUUGGCUUUUGGAGUCCGGCGUGGACAAGAACCUGCAAGACAAAGGCGGAGCCACGGCCUUGAUCCUUUGCGCGGAGCGAGGUAGCCUUGAAGUGGCGCGGUUGCUGCUGCGGGCUCGCGCUUACAUAGACGUGCAAGAUGCCAGCUCCAGUACCGCUCUCCUUCGCGCAUCUGUGCGAGGCCAUGCUGACGUCGUGCAGUUGCUGCUGGAGGCUGGCGCAGACAAAAACCUGGGAGACAGCUACUCUCGGACUCCUCUGCUACAUGCGGCUGAGCAAGGCCAUGUAGAGACCGUGCGGAUACUUUUGGAGGCGGCCGUCGACAGGGACCUCAGCGACCACUACGCCAGGACGGCGCUUCUCUGCGCGUCUGCGAAGGGCUACCACGAGAUCGCAAGUUUGUUGCAGGCGGAUGCCGGCGAGGAGGGGAGGGAGCUCUGCAAGUUUUCUCACCUCCAGCAGUUAGAAGCCGGUGAGCGCUAG